AUGGUCUAACAAAUAGGUAAGCUGUUAGAAAAGAAAGGGUAAUUAAAAGAAGCACUAAAUUUUUUGAAUUAGAAAAUAUUAGAAAAUGUAUAAGAUAUAAGGUUCUAUGAAGAAAAAGGUAUUUCCACAUUAGAUGUAGCUGCUGCAUUAAUGAGAAAUAGUUAGUAGGAGGAAAUAAUCAAAUGCUGGGAGUUUGGGAUUGAGUAAAAUCAAUCUAACAUAGAAUUUUAUAAGGCAAAAAGUAUUUGAUAAAUUUAUAAAGUAAAUGCUUUAAAGAAAUUGGGUAGAGAUAAUGAGGUAAUUGAAUGCAUAAACAAAUGGAUGCGUUUAAACAAGAAUUGUAGUUUGGUUGAAUUUGAGCUUUCUUAAAUUUCAAGUUCUAAGUUUGAAUGUAAUAAUCUUAGGUUGAUCUAUUAGCAGCUAUAAAUAAAUUUGAUAAAUCAAUCGAUGAUAAUGAUGAGAAGGAAUGUCUAAUAAAAAAAAAAGUUCUAUGUUCAAAUAAUAUCAGAGACUAUCUUGCCUAUAGUAAAUCAAGAUGAAAUACAAUUAGCUAAUAUGUUAAAAAAGUUGGGUAAAGAUAAAGAGAUACUUUAAUGUUGGGAUUGGGGAGUCAUGAAUAAUAUCAACAACAUAGAUUUUUAUUAUGCAAAAUGUAUUGAUCACGCUUGAAAAAUAGCAAUGCACUUAGAAUCAUUAGGUAAGGAUUAAGAAGCAGUAGAUUGCUGGUGGUUUGGAAUAUCAAAAAACAAAAAUUUCAUAAAAUUUUAUGACGCUUUUUGUAAUCUUAAUUUAAAAAAGAUUAGCAAACCUUUUAACCAAAUUGAAUAGAAAUUAAGAAGUUGCUGAUUGUAUGUAGUUGGGAAUUGAAUAAAAUCCAUAGAAUAUUAGUUUUUAUACUAAGAAAGGUUUAAUUUAAUUAACUAAUAUUUAAUAUUUUAGUUAAUGUAUUACUUAAACUAGGAGAAGAAUAAAAAGUUAUCAAUUGUUUAGAUUAUGGAAUAAGCUAAAAUAAAACUAAGAUAGAGUUUUAUAAUUAUAAAUGUUUUAAAGUGAUCUUAUAUAAUUAGGCUAAAUAUUAAAAGACUUAGGAAGAAAUUAAGAUUGUAUUGAAUGUCUUGAACUUGGUAUCCAAAAUAAUCCUACUGAUUUUCAAUUUUAUUAUAGAAAAGGUAAUUAGAGUUAUAAUGAAUUUUAGCUUAUAAAUUAAAAGAAUUGGAUAGAGUAGAAGAAGAACUUUAAUGUUGGUAACGUGGAAUAGAAAUCUAAAAGGAUUCUUCUAAUUAUUAUUCAGAAAAAUGUAAGAAGAAUAUCAAAGCCUUAGUUGAUGUGUUAAUGAGAUUACAUAGAUAUGAGGAAGCUCUCAAAGUAUGGGAUGAUGGAAUUCAGAGUAACAUUCAUGAUGGCCGCUUUUACUAUUUAAAAGGUAGGAUCAUUAAUAAUUACAUAUUUAGCUUAAGCUUUAGAUACACUGGAAAGAAAUGAUGAAGUACUUCUAUGUUGGGAUAAAGGAAUAUUAAAUAACCCUGAUAAUUUUUCGUUUUAUGAAUAAAAAUGUAAAUUAUAUAGUCGAUUUUAGGUGAUGCUUUAAUGAAAUUUGAAAAGUUAGUAGCAGCUGAAGAAAGUUGGAGUUCAGAUUAAGAAGGUUCGAAUAAAUCUGAUAAUGAAUCAUGCAAAAAUGAAUAGAGUAUUUCAGAUAUAAUAAAUAGCUUCCCCAUUACCACUAUCAGAAAAUGCAGAAAAAGCUCUUCAAUGUUUGGAUGAAGGAAUAUCAAGAAAUCCUAGUGAUUUUGCGUUUUAUAAUAAAAAAGGUAGAAAUGAUUCUUAUUGUUUAAGUUGAUUUGCUAAAGAAGUUGGGAAAAAAAAAAGAAGCUGUUGUUUGUUUAAAGAUUGGUUAAGAGAAAAACUAAAAUGACCCUGAGUUUUAUCUAGCCCUUGGUAGUCUAAUUUGUAAUAAAUAGCUGAGGAGUUACUAAGUUAAAAAAAUCUUUUGGAAUCAAUAUAUUACAUUGAUUAAGGAUUGAAAAGAUUUAAUGAUGAGAGAUUAAUGGCAACUAAAUGUUAUUAUUUAAUUAAAUCAUUAGGGCUAUUGCUAUCAAAAUAGAAUAUGUUAAGAAAAGCAAUAAUUUAUUUUCGUUUAUCAGAAGGCUGGAGCUAUUAAGGGAGAAAGUUAAAAUAUAAUUUAUGA